AUGUUCAAUGGAUGGGAUAAAAUCUUUCUGACACUGGUUAUGACAGAAUGCAUACUCGGACUCCUGGGGAAUGUGUUCAUCAUGCUGGUAAACAGCUCUAAAUGGGUCCAGAAUCGAAAGAUCUGCUUAGCUGACCGCAUUCUCACCUGUCUGGCCAUCUCCAGGAUCGGUCAUCUGCUGCUAUCACUGAUAGAUUCAUGUAUAAUAGAAUUCUUUCCAGACUUAUAUGAUAUUUACAAACUUGCAAAAUCUAUGAAUAUGCUUUGGGCAAUGACUGAGCACUUGGCCACCUGGCUUACCACCUGUUUCAGCAUUUUCUGCUUCCUCAAGAUAGCCCACUUCUCUCACCCCCUCUUCCUCUGGGUGAAGUGGAGAAUGGACAAAGUGAUUCUUGCACUGGUUAUGUUGUCUUUGUUCUUACUGGUGCUUGAUAUUCUGUGGCUUGAUAAGGUUUUUGAUAUCUCAUUGACUGUUAACAUCACAGACAAGGGUAAUCUGAGUUUAUAUUUGGAGGAAAGAAGAAGUCUGAGCCUUAAAACUCUGCUUCUGUCCAGCUUGACCUACUUGAUCCCCCUUGUUCUGUCCCUGACUUCAUUGCUCCUUUUGUUUCUGUUCUUGCUGAGACACACCAGAAAUCUGCAGCUCAGCUCCCUGGGUUCUGGAGAGGCCAGCACAGAAACCCACGAAAGAGCCAUGAAAAUGGUGCUGUCCUUCCUUGUUCUCUUCACAAUUCAUUCUUUCUCUUCACUGUUGACAUAUUGGCUAUUCUUUACAUUGUGGAAAACGAUUGCUACUUUCGUAUUAAAUAUCUUUUCCUCAGGCCACACUUUUAUUCUGAUUCUGGGAAAUACCAAGCUGCGACAGUCAGCCUUGAGGGCACUAUGUUUACCUAAAAUUCACCUGACAGAGAAGAGCAAAUCCUUUAGUUUUUAUAGCUAA